AUGCCAACUGCAUUUCCCUGGCAUGUGUGGUCCACGAUGUCGAAGGAGAACGAUGGAGGGCGGGAGUUCGCGAGUCAGUCAUGCGAGAAGAAGAAUAUCGAGGGAGGACGAUCGAGGGCGGGGCUGCCCCGCAUUAUUGGCGCUCAAACCAAAGCCACGUGCGCGAUCGAAGUCCGCUCCGUUGCUUCCUUCAACACGCACCACGACGAUAGCGAGGACAAUGUAGACGGCAACGACGACGACUGGAUCCCGUAUCAACGCCCAACAUCCCGCUGCAUCCCAAACCUCGUCGAGUGCCUGCUGCCGACACUGCGGAGCACGCACGGCUGUACCACGAAGGGAGGACUAGGAGACGUGGGCGUAGGGGAAGAACUGGAUCACAUACCGAACCACGAGAAGCGAACGCGCCAGCGACAACUUAGCACGGCUACUCACCUGCGUCUUGUGCCCACAGUCCCGGCACGCGGCCCUCACAUCCAUGCGCACUCCGACGCCAGCGGUAUGAUCAACCAAAGCAGCCACCAGCCAGCGCUGUCGGAAGAAGCAGCUGGACCAACGUACACAUCGACUUGCGCGCGCAACGAGGGCGUACAAAAUGGGGGUGGGGCCGAAUCUCAGGAUCGCAAGGGAACGAACGUACGACCAAGGGAUAAGUCGAAUACCACGCCCGCUACAAGUCAAGGCAGUUUGCCACCUCGCCAGCUUGCAAUUACGAUACAAGCGCGGGAAUGGGAGAUGGCGAUUACAGGAGAUAGAAUGCGAGGGGGUUGGGAGGAGUCGCGACUACGGGAUCAUGGCCACCUUGUCACCGCGGCGCGUGGAACCGAAACUCCAAAUACCAAGGUGCAAAUGAAGCUAGCUGUGUACUCGGAUCCUCUCGAUCGUGCGAUCACUCAGAGCUAUGGUUCAGAGGCAAGUCCCGGAGGUUAG